AUGCAACACGCGCCCGCGCAGGAAUCCCAAAGCAACAAUCUCGAGAUGAGCCUGCGCGAACACCUACUCUCCCACAGCGCCAGCGGCUCCGGCCCUCCUCCCUACCCUGCCUCCAGCGCGCCCCCACCGGGCUUGGAGCAUCCCUACCAGCCCUCCGACUCCGCCAGUCCUCAUGAUCAGUACGACCCCAGUGCUGGAGCGCACCAAGCGUACGGCAUGAGCGACCAGAGUGCCGGCGACGACGGUCUAAGCCCAGACGCGCGCAAGGGCAAACGAGAGCUGUCAACGAGCAAACGAGCGGCCCAGAAUCGCGCUGCGCAGCGCGCCUUCCGCCAACGCAAAGAAGGCUACAUCAAGAAGCUCGAGGAGCAAGUGAAGGAGUUCCAGGCCAUGGAGCAGAACUACCGCGCCUUGCAGAAUGAGAACUACCAGCUCCGCGACUACAUUGUGAACCUGCAAUCCCGACUCCUAGACCAAUCCGACAUCCCGCCCGCCCCUCCCCACGUCACCCUUCCCUCCGCAGCACACCACGCGUCCAACGCCACCGAUUCCCCCUCGACAGUCGAGCAGCAAUUACGGCGAGAGAUGCAGCAUCAGCCGCCGCCCGAAGCGCCCAUGCGACACGACGCGAUGAGCCACCUGCAGGCCGCCGCCGCACAAGCGAGUGAGGCACGACCGUCCGAUGCACCGUAUGGACUGAGCGGCGAGCAGUCCAACAAGCGGGCAAAAGCCGGCGAAGACCCUAUCAAGAGUGACGGAAAAUGA